AUGGAUAACCUCAAGAUUCUUGAGUGCGGUGUACAGAUCUUGAGUGAGGAAACAGAGAGUAGUGGUGGUAGCGAAGUGGAUUACUUUGAAGCUGGAGGCAGCAACGACGUCUACAAGGAUGGGGAUGAAUACUAUCAACCUGAAGAGAUGACCUCUCAUUAUGAUUCGAAGAUGACGAAGGUGUUUGCGUUUAGUAUGAUUUUGCUUUUCAAAUUGAUAGAAUGUCCAGUCUAUCAAUGCGUCCGUUGUCCAGACACUAUGCAAUCUCAUUCUAAAUGUUCAUCGUGCACUUUUGCAUGUCAGAGUAAAAUCUCCAAGAAAAUCCAUGUGAUAUAUCAUUACAAGUCCACUGAUGUAUACGAAUUCACCACCUGA